CGGUGAUUCAUUCCCUCCUUCGCCCCAGGGCCCCCUUCCCGGCCAGACAGCGGGUUAGACGGCUGAGAGUGCAGUGUCCUCGAACCUACGAGCCAACAAGCAGAUCCUCGGCGCUCCUAGGGACAGCAGUCCACACCAUGGCGGAUUCUGAGCGCUACUCGGCCCCUGGCUGCUGGACAGCCUGCACCAGCUACUGGCGUACUCGAAAGGGACUUCUCCUGUUCGCUGAGAUUUUAUUCUGCCUGGUGAUUCUGAUUUGCUUCAGCGCCUCCACAUCAGCAUAUUCCUCCCUGUCUGUGAUUGAGAUGAUCAUCGCUGCUGUCCUGUUUCUCAUCUAUAUGUGUGACUGGCACACCAAGAUGCCAUUCAUCAACUGGCCCUGGAGUGAUUUCUUCCGAGCCCUCAUAGCUGCUAUCCUCUACCUGAUCACCUCCAUUGUGGUCCUUGUUGAGAGGGGAGGCCAUUCCAAAAUCGCUGCUGGGGUACUGGGCCUAAUGGCUACUUUACUCUUUGGCUAUGAUGCCUACUUCACUUUCCCUCUUCGGCAGCAAAGACACACAGCAGCCCCCACGGACCCUACAGAUGGCCCUGUGUAGGCGAACUUCACUCACUGUGCUCUGCAAAUCACUCCUCUAGAAAAACUCUUUCUAGUCCCCACAACACUCCCAGCCAAGCAACUCCCCGGCCCCCUGUUGUGGUAAAAGUGCCUUUAUUGGGUGGAUUUUGUCUACCAGUCUGUCAAUUAACCCUCCUGGGUGUGAUCACCUUUAUAGGUAUGCUCAGACCCCCCCUUCCCUUCUGCCAGCGUCCAGAAGGAGACACCAGUUCUGUCCACUUAAGCUACAAAAUGAAGGAGGUGGGUGCCUCUGAUUUCUGAGUGACCCACUUCAAAUCACUUUGGUGUGAGGGAUGAGCUAUAGAGGGAUAAAUAAAUAAUGAUUGUUAAAAUCUGUCAUGAAGAACUUAA